AUUGUGAAGUAAUUGAAGGGGAAUGAACGCGCAGCAACGCACCCCAGUGUGCUUCGCCGCGUUGCCCAAAUUAGCUGUACGGUAGCGGGAAAACGGAGGGAAAAUAUUCUACGAGUCACCCUAGCGGCUUCCGCACGCGUCAGUCUGCAUUAAAAACGUACGAUUCAACUCCAAACUUUUAGUAGAAUUGAAAAAAAAUAGUUCUUGUCAACUUUAAAGUUUUUGAAGUACAGAUAUUUAAGAUGAAGUUCCGAAAAAGACGAUGGUGGAAGCAGUUAAUUGUGUCUGAAUAAUAUUAACUUUGUGUGGUUUGCUGGAGUGUGAUAAAAUGUGGAAGAAAGUGAUAUCACUACUGAUGUUAGCAGCAACGAUGUCCGCGCACAGGAUCAGCCAGCUGCAGGUGCCGCUGUACGCCGACCCGCGGCGCGCCGCCGAGCUGACCUGCCACUUCGACAUGGCCGGCCAGAAGCUCCACUCCCUCAAGUGGUACAGGGACAUGUCCGAGAUCUUCAGAUACAACCCCUCGCAGACGCCCUCAAUCCGCCUGUUCAACGUGUCAGGGGUAAUGGUCCAGGGUGGCGAGUGCCAGGUGGAAUCGUGCACGCUGCAGGUGAUGCCCGCCCCGCUGUCCAUGCGAGCCACCUUCACCUGCGAGGUCUCCACCGAGGGACCCAAGUUCAAAAUAGCGAGAGAAUCCAAGCAGAUGACGGUUGUUGCAAUGCCGUCUUCGGAUCCCGUGAUAUCCGGCGCACCGGACACAGUCAAAGCGGGCGAGCAGCACCUUCUGAACUGCACAUCCGAUCUCUCGCUACCACCAGCCGAAAUACGCUGGUAUAUAGACGACGAACUACAGAAGUUGGAGCCGUGGCAGCAUACGGAGCAGGGUGACCCGCAAACUGGGGGCGUGCGAUCAUCCUGGCGGACUCUACGGCUGGUGGUGCCGCCGCUGGACAGCGGUGCCUUGCGGGUGCGGUGCGAGACGGUCCUGGACGUGGAACCGCCGGUGGUCAAACACGCAGAGGAGUCCAUCCCCAUCGUCUCGCGGACGCAGCUCUCCAAGUACGUAGCUAGUGGAGGUACCCUGACCAGACAAGAUCUUUUAAUUUUAAUAGUGACAUCAACAAUAAGAAUAUUUUUGAACUUAUGAACUUAUGCGACAAAGGGCUGAUAUAGCUUAUUGCAGUAGAUAGCCAAUUUAUAAUUUCCCGAUAAAAAAAAUAGUCACACUGAGGCAAUAAAUAAAAAUUUCGAUUAAGUACUACAUACUACGACUAUCCCGACAGAAUGAGAUAAAAUAAAACAUCAGAUUAAUAUUUGGUAGAAAGCAAAUUGACGUACCACGAAUGAGAAGAUUCCAUGAGAAGAUUCCAGGGAGUGCGUAUCGACGGGCGGCUUUUACACAAAAUUGAGAAUGUGUGAAAGAUUUUAUUUUGAUUUUCUUAAGAUAUAAUAUGUUGGACGCUUAAAAAAGAUUAAAAAUUCAAGAAGUCAUGUCAGGAAUAAAAAAGUGACGAAAAAAUUAUGUUUUUCGGAAAUCAGGAGAGAGCUAAUACGAUUCAAAUCAAGAAACAUUUCAUAUUAUUAUGAAUUAGCGUAUACGACAAAUUAUAUUUGGUUGCUGUUAUUGCUACGAAUAAUAAAAACUAAGGAA